CCGAUCUUAUCCUUUCACGCUGCUUGUCGGGUUUACAAGAAUCUAGUGAGUGAUAGUCGAGCCAUUGCAUUCUGUGUUGUUCGACAUUUUCUGUGUUACAAGUGUCAUAGGCAUAGGUUUUUCGGUGGUUUUGAGUGUUGCUGUGGAUUUUACACCGUUGGAGUCACCAUAGAAUAGGGACGAACUUCAAUUCGAAGCUGGUAUUCCUUCGAGGUACUGGACACGAGUGAAGUGAUCAAGUGCUGAAAGUGCGUAUUAGAACAGGACUCCCUGUGAAUAUUAUGGAAUUCGAACAAAAAUAGUCCUAGUGUCGUUCUGAGGAUUUUUUUUCUUAUCGCGAUGGAGACCGAGGAGCUCAUCAAGUUAGUCGAUGGGAUUUAUAAGAAUAUCCUGGAUAAGUUCAAUCCAGGAGCGAGGCAGAUGAUCAAUGCAGGGAAGGCUUAUUUGAAGGCGUUGCAUGGUGCUGCUGCAGCAUCUCGUCUCUACGUAGAUGCUAUCAGCAAACUGGCCCGUCAAGCUCAACAAGGGACAUGGGGUGGUUCUUCAGAUAUCGGUGCUGCCUUGAUGAAGAUAGUCGAAGUAUACAAGGAAAUACAAGAUCAGCAAAUGAACAUUCUCAAGGCGUUCUACGUGGAUCUGCUGGUGCCGCUCGAGACUAAUCUGGAAAAGGACACGAAGGUGGUGCAGUCCGAACAGAAACGGUUCCUGCAGCAACAUAAACAACGCGCCGAAACGUACAGCAAGGCGGCGGCCAUGAUGAAAAAACAGCGGAAGAAGUCCCGGAGCAGCACUAAAACCGGACUUGCCAUGGAUAAGGAACUCAAAAACAUGCAGGUCCUCGAGGAGGAGAAAACGAAACUGGACGCCUUCUGCGAGCAGAGCCUCAAAAACGCGAUGACGCAGGAGAGGAGACGGUACGGGUUCGUCCUGGAGCGACAAUGUUCCCUGGCCAAACACCACUUGUCCUAUCACUCUCAGGGGGUGAGCGCCUAUCAGCAGAACAUCGAAAAAUGGUCCGAGGUCGCCAAGACCAGGGAGUUCCUCCCUGAUUCCGUGGAGAAUAUAUUCACGAACCGAUUGAGGAACAUCUCGAUGUGGCAGGACGAGGACGUCUAUUCGAAUCCCAGAAGUCCGAACUUCGAGGACGACAGGAUGAGCAUCACCUCGCAGCUGAGGAAAACGAAGAGCAUGGACGCCUCUUGUCUAGACAUCCGCUCUAUCGGCGACGUCGGAUCUCCGGUAACGACCAUGUCCAGGGCCAAGUCCGAAUACAAUCUCAACUCGUCCAACAAUUCGCUCACACAAGAUGGUCAUUCUCAGCCCCGCCGUCCGAAAUCAAUGGCCGUCCCACCACCCCCACAAUGGGACACCCAGCUGGCCAGGGCCCUCUACGCCUAUCUGUCCAGCGGGGAGAAUCAGCUCAGCUUCUUGGAGGGCGAUCUGAUUUCCCUGAUUGGGGAGCGAAACAAAGGCUGGCAGUUUGGAGAGAACUUGAGGACGCAGUGCAGCGGCUGGUUUCCCCUGGCCUAUACUGAGAUACUGGACGAGCCUAGUCUGUCCCCAAGCCAUAGGAACGAAACAGGCAUGUCCCAGGGGCAGACCGGGGUUAGCAACAAUGGCCAAAACAAUCCCGGAUCACAUGAUGGAUCCGAAACACCGUCCGGUAACAACACACUAGAAUCCAGCACUUCCCGUAUGUUUGGAGACACCAUUCACUUGCACAGAUCUUCCAAUAACGCUAAGCAGAUUCGCCGCGCUAUAGGUUCUAACAACAUACCGCCACCGCAGCUUCCAGCUCCAGUCCCCACGCCAUCACUGCCAUAUCAGAAAACGGGUUUGACGCAGUCCCAGAGCACCAACUUCACCAGUUCCCUCACCAAGCCAACGAUCGAUACGUCCACUUUUCAAUCUAACUACUCGCAAUCGGGGAUAAAGUCUUCCGCCUCCUCCUUCAACUUCCAGACGCAGUCGUCCAUCUCUGGUGCGUACUCCACGCAUCCUCAGCCAUCUAGAUCGGAUAGGCCGACUGCAGGAGCAAACCUUCCCCUGCACCUACAAACCAAAGGUGGCAAGAUAGGUGGGCCAGUAGGAAACGUGUCCUUGCACAGCAGCAACGACUCCGGCUUCAGCAACGACCCCCCGCCCCAACCGGAAAUUGAUUAUUCCGAUGACGAGUCGAUUCCUGGUCAAACCAAGUUAACCAAUCGAUCCAAAAGAGAGAAGCAACCCCAAAACGACAAAAACAAUAACACGCUAGUACGUGGAUCCUCGAUCAGACAUUCCCAAAGCCACGGCAGCCUGGUAGGUAACCAAUACCACAUGGCAAACGACCCUGAAACCCUAACCAGGGAACACAAGCACCUGGUGAAAAGAACCAAGUCCUUCUGGAAGUUCGGAAAGAACAACUCCGACUGCGAGAUCCUGGAAGGCAUGGCGCUGUGGCGUCACAGGGACCUCGUGGACGUGGAGGAAUCCAAAGUGAAGACCAAGAAGUUCAAGAGCCCUAAGAAGAACGAGAGGGCUCCUAGGGAUAGAUCCAACGAUUCGGACAAGACGAUCAAUAAUAAAAACGUUGAAGAAGUCGGGUCCAAGUCGAAGAUGAAGAAGAACUCCGCUAAUGUCAAACCUGAUAAAAAGAGCAAGAUGUCUCUAUCGUCCAGGAAAGAGUCAUCGAUGGGGAACAACGAUUACGAUCGUUACAACGAGACGGACGUGAAAAACGCGGAGAAUCAAUUCUACGACGACGAAGAUGGGUUGAUGUUGAAGACUGUAAACAGGAGAAACAUCCUUCAGCAAUACGACAACGACGAUUCGACCAUCAUGGACUCCGAAGAGAGUCAUUCUGACGCUUCCAGCGACGAUCCUUAUGAUUGUAUCGUUGGUGAAAGUCAAAAUAUGGAUCGGAGGCAAGGUGGGAAUUUCCCGAACGUGGCAGAGAUCGGGAAGAAGCUGGAGAAGCUGUCGAAAUCCAGCAAAUACUCCCCGAAGAAAGGGAACAACAAGGAGAACCACCAGGACCAAACCAGCGUCACCGAAAAGAACAAAUUGAACGCUAAAGACAGAACCAACAAUAACGGCUUCGACAACGAGAUCAUUCAAUACCCCGACAAACGUUCGAGCUUCAGGACGUUCAGGGGUAAACCAGAUCGUGAACAGCAGAACGCCCCUGGUAAAUACCACCCUAACAGACAGGGACACGAAGAAAGAAACGCGGAAAAUGACAAGAGACGUUACUACGCGUCCACAGACUCCAACCGCAACAACGCGACAACUGACAGACGGACCGGCGGGAGACCGAGCUACGAGUCCAUAGAGUCGGACGUGACAGAGCUGAACGGCAGGGGGCAGGAUCCGAAAACGAACACGAACAGACGGUCCAAGGGCGAGUCGGAAAAAUCCGAGCGUUCCAAGUAUUACGACUCGAACGUGGAGUCUGACGAGGAGAGGCAGUUCCUGCCCCGCACCAAGCUGUCGAAGACGAACAGCAACGGCGGCAGAUACGAGCAAAACGACCUGAUGGGGUACGGGGAGACGUUGCAGAGGAGGUUGAAGAAUCCGGAGUACGGGUCCAAAUACGACGAUCGUUCCCCCCAUAACGGGAACAUGUACGGGCCUUGGUAUGAUCUCUGGGGCCUCGACGCUACGUCAGGGAAAUAAUAGGACGAUUUGAAUGCAUUGCAUGUUUGCCGUCCGAUUUUAUACCGCUUGCCUCAGCUACUAACCUUACAGAUUCGCGAGAGUGCUUCCUAACUUGCUUUUUUAUUAUUAGCGGAGAAUUAGAGGAUCUAUCGAUAGGUAGUUUGAAUCCUUGCAUGUGUGUAAGCUUUUCCAUGUGUUGUCUUUAGGUUAUAAUCUCAUUGAACCACAGGAUUAAGUGACACUUGAUUUUCAUUGACGAAAUAAUAGAAAAGCUGUCGAUGGCAUUUUCCAAUGUUUGAAACUACAUCAAGUUGUACUUUCGUUGAGUGCAGAUAGUGCUUAUGUCUGGGAGUCGUGGAUAAGUGUAGGAUUCUACAGAGUAAGUGAGGCUUGGUUCAGGGUCGGUGGGACAGGUGGCGUAUCGUGAGGAGGAUUGAAAAUAUUACUCACAGCGACGCAGCGGUUUCGCUUAAAGACCCCAGGUUGAAAUGUUUAUCACUGUACUGUACUGAUGAGGGACAAUGAUCUCGAAACCGACUACAGUUUGUGAUUAGAUGUUCCAGCCUCUCCUGUACUGAUUCAUGACUGUCGUCUCCAUUAUUGAUUUUAGUCCUAGAAAAUAAUCUACGAAGAGGGCUGUCUGCGGAAAAUCCAAUUAGAGAAAGCAAGUUUUUCUCUUUUUCGAGUUGAACUAGACGUUGUUUUUUAUUGGGAAUGGGGAAUUCUCCUCAGUUUGGGUUAUCACUGCAUAUGCAAGUUUAAAGUUUAAACUGAAUA